AUGGAACAGGCCACUGGGCUGGAUGUCAUAGUACUUGCUGGGAUGCUGAUGCACCGCUCAACGGAGGAAACCGAGAACUCACAAAUCAGUACACUAAAUCAGGCGAGUUAUCCAAUCGGACUGAUGCUCAAUGCCGAGGGAAAGAGGUUUGUGGAUGAAGGAGAAGAUUAUCGAAAUUAUACUUAUGCCAAGUUCGGUAGAGCUAUUCUCGAACAGCCAGGCUCGUACGUUUUCCAAGUGUGGGACUCUAAGGUCAUUGCAAUGCUAAGAAAAGAGGAAUACGGGGAUGGAGUGGUCACCAAAACCUUUGCUGAUAGUUUGGAAGACCUGGCUCAGAAGCUGCAAGAGAGAGGCCUGAAGAGGAAGAGUGAAUUUGUGCGUACCAUUAAGGAGUUCAACGCAGCGGUGGAAUCAUACCGAUCGUCGAAACCCACGGCAUGGAAUCCGGCCAUCAAGGACGGUUGCUCAACGGGGAGCCAGCUCUCUCCUCCUAAAUCCAACUGGGCAUUGACGAUUGACCAGCCGCCAUUCCUAGCGGUAAAGGUCUCUUGUGGUAUUACUUUCACAUUUGGUGGACUGGCUAUCGAACCUACAACGGCGGAAGUGAUAUCUGAUUCGACGGGUCGGCCGAUUCCAGGUUUGUUUUGCGCGGGGGAGAUGGUUGGGCUGUUUCACGGAAACUACCCAGGUGGAAGCGGGCUUAUUGCAGGAGCUGUAUUUGGACGAAGAGCUGGUCAAACGUCGAGCAGAUACCUAGCUACUUCAAGGUAG